UGUCAACUGAUGUCAACAAACCGCGUUGGUGGGGGCAGGGCAAAUUCAUCAAUUUCCACUACCAACCAAGAGUUUUAUUUGAUCUUUUCUUUGUAAAAGUACUUCGCUGCCCAGGAUUCUUGUUUCCGGGCAUGUUGAAGUAAUUUUCAGGGACAUUAUCACUAGAAAAGGUACUUCCUUUGCGACAGUCAUCUGCUGCAAGGCGCAACCCGUUUGACGUUUUGUAAACGCCGGGUUUGUUAUCAUGCUCAUUUUUGUUAUCAACAAAUCGUGUGGUCGGAUGCUGUGCGUGUAAUCCGGCAUAAUUCAACAGAAAACUCCUAAAAGCCAAAGAAGCAAUCAUUCCAAACGAGAACAAUCGACACUGGCCUUUGUUAGAUCUGUCGCGUGUUUGUGUAGCUAGAGCCGCAAGAACAAUAAUGUCUGGCGAUCAGAGUGCGAAUGUGGAACUGAUUAAGAAGCACAUUGGCGAGUAUCCGGACUUCCCCAAGAAGGGAAUACUUUUCAAAGACAUCUUUACCGCACUGCGUGAUGGCGAGGUUUGCAAGGCAAUCAAAAACGUGCUCGUGUCGUACGUCCGGGAAGCUUGCCCAGACGUUCAGGUGAUAGUGGGAUUAGAGGCACGAGGAUUUCUGUUCAGUCUACUGAUUGCCGCAGAGCUAGGUGUGGCAUCGGUACCGAUAAGAAAGAAGGGCAAACUCCCAGGAACCUGCGCCCAGCAGGAGUACGUACUCGAGUACGGAACUGAUGUGUUUGAAAUACAAAAAGGAAGCAUCCUGGACGGACAGAAGGUGCUGAUAAUAGACGAUCUGCUAGCCACCGGCGGUACGAUGGACGCGGCCAACAAGCUCGUACAGCAACUCGGUGGAAUAGUGGAACGCAACGUAGUUAUCAUAGAGCUAACCGAGCUAGGCGGAAGGAAGAAGCUUGAAGCUUCCGGCUCAAAAGUACAUUCCUUUAUACAAUACCACGACGUGGAAUGAACGGUGUGUUCCAAAAAUUUCGUCACAAGAAGCACGCCACGUUUUUCCGCUACUGCGUGAUAAUUCCUGAUGCGCACAUGAAAAGACACAGUCCUAACAGAUAAGUUUAACCUAAACAGACCGCGCGGCAGCAGCUUUUUCGUUACUCGUUGUUUUAGUCCUUUUCGCCAGCUCAGCUAUGUGAUCGAUCGAUUCUUUUCGAUGUUAAGCAUAAUUCGCCUCCGAUAUCGAUUGAUAAAAUCUCAGGAACAGCAGCAAUAAACGUAGCUAAAAGUAGUUAAUUUUUUAAUCAAAAUUAGAGAUCAAAUAAAGCCCAACCGUCGUCGAAAUAGCUUAAUGUUCUCACACUUAA